GAAAUUCACUUAGGAUUGAAAACUGGAAUUUAGAGAAAACGUGCCAUGGUAAUCUGGCAACACCCCCUGUUGAAGAGAUUCGACCGCCUACUGCGAUUGAGCAGGCUCUGCGGGGAUUGAACGUCAUUGGAGUCCCUCGCGCGGAGUCGGCGUUAGUGUUUUGUUUUGAUCGCUUGUCGACCGUUUUCGUGCGGCAUCGUGUGGUCGGGGUCGCGCAGCCCGGGUGCAGUGCGCCAUGCGUGAUAAAAUGGCCGAGCUAAAGUUUGAGGCCCCCUUGGCCCAAUUCGAGGAAACGGACGAAUGGGGUUCCACCGAGUUCCAAUCCGCCAACCUGAUCAAGAACGAGAACGAACUGAACAACAUCAACCUUACCAAGAAGAAGAACAAGGACCUCAAUGACGUCCUGAACGAUUUCACGGAGGAUAUUCUGAAUAAUUCCAACCCCCAGACGAUAGUCGCCCCAAAACCGAAAAAUGGGCCUGCAAACACCACAACGUCUGUGACCGAUAACUUCACGGAAACAUUUUCCGGAUCUCUGGAGGAUCUGGUGAACACGUUCGACGAGAAGAUCACGAAGUGUUUCGGGAAUUAUGAGGAAUCGGUGGAGAAAUUGGCGCCUGUUCAAGUGCGGUCGCAGGAAGAAAUCAUGAACGAAUGCCAGUAA